AUGCUUCCCGCCACUCCUAUCCAUCCAUCUCUUCCCCACGCACACAACAAAAGAUCUCAGAGCCACACAGCGAGCGCGAGCGAGAGGCGCGCUGUUGCGGAAAUGCCGCUCCCGGCGUUCCUGGCGGCGGCGGCGAGGCUCGCCGUCCUGCUGGCCGCCGCCGUGACUGCGGCCAACGCGGUCUCCUUCGCGCGCUACCGGCGCCGCCACCUCCGCCGCAUCCCCAACCCCAUCGACGAGUCCGCCGACCCCGUCGCCGACUUCCGCGCCCUCCGCCCCGCCUCGGCCGAGGACGCCGCAGAAGAUGACAGCUUCUUCUUUGGGCUAGCGACCGCGCCGGCACAUGUGGAGGACAGGUUGGAAGACGCUUGGCUUCAGUUUGCGGUGGAGCACUCCUGCGACGACAAGGAGGCCAUGCGCGACCCUACGACAGCAGAUGCGGUGAUGGCGUCCGCUGCAGGGGACGGAGGUGCUCAGUUGGCUUCUCGUAGGUCGUCCAGAGGGGAUGAUGAUAGGGAUGGUGAUGGAGAGUUGAGGAAGCCUCUUAAGAUCGCCAUGGAGGCGAUGCUCAGGGGGUUUGAAAUGUUUGCUGAGGGUGGUGAGUCAGGUUCUGCUGCUGCUGCUGGUGACAGUUGCAGCCACAACGUUGCGGCUUGGCACAAUGUCCCUUGCCCGCAAGAAAGGCUUAAGUUUUGGUCUGAUCCUGAUACUGAGUUGAAACUUGCUAAGGAAACUGGGAUCAGUGUUUUCCGCAUGGGGAUUGAUUGGACGAGGGUAAUGCCGAAGGAACCAAUCGAAGACCUCGAGAGCUCAGUCAAUUUUGCGGCGCUCGAGCGGUAUAGAUGGAUCGUCCAAAGGGUUCGUGACUAUGGAAUGAAAGUGAUGCUUACGCUGUUUCACCACUCGCUUCCACCUUGGGCCGGAGAAUAUGGCGGGUGGAGGAUGGAAAAAACGGUCAAGUACUUUCUGGACUUUGUGAGGCUUGUUGUUGAUCGUGUAUCAGAUUUGGUGGACUACUGGGUGGUUUUCAAUGAACCUCAUGUGUUUGUGAUGCUGACCUAUUGUGCCGGUGCUUGGCCUGGUGGUGACCCUAAUGCAAUCGAGGUAGCGACGUCUGCUUUGCCGACUGGUGUAUACAACCAAGCAUUGCAUUGGAUGGCUAUUGCACAUGCGGAAGCCUACGAUUACAUACAUUCAAAAGGCGAAAGUAAAAGGAAGCCGGUCGUUGGUGUCGCUCAUCAUGUAUCAUUUACACGACCCUAUGGUCUGUUUGAUGUUGCCGCUGUCACACUGGCUAAUUCAUUGACCCUUUUCCCUUACAUCGAUAGCAUAUGUGACAAAUUGGAUUUUAUUGGCAUCAACUACUACGGGCAGGAGGUGAUAUCAGGCCCUGGCCUAAAGCUCGUGGACAAUGAUGAGUACAGCGAAUCUGGUCGGGGUGUUUAUCCUGACGGGCUGUUUCGUAUUCUGAUUCGGUUUAACGAACGAUACAAGAGCUUGAAUAUACCUUUCGUAGUUACUGAAAAUGGAGUUUCUGAUGAGACUGAUCUGAUCCGGAAACCAUAUAUUCUGGAGCACCUGUUAGCCAUUUAUGCUGCAAUCCUUAUGGGUGUGCCUGUGCUUGGUUAUCUAUUCUGGACAACGUCAGAUAAUUGGGAAUGGGCAGAUGGCUAUGGUCCUAAGUUUGGGCUUGUGGCUGUUGAUCGUGCUAACAACCUAGCACGGAAACCUAGGCCAUCAUACUAUUUGUUCUCUAAGAUUGUUACAACUGGGAAAAUCACAAGACAUGACAGGUUGGCUGCUUGGAGGGAGCUGCAACAGGCAGCGUUUCAGAAGAAAACACGCCCGUUUUUUAGGGCAGUAGAUAAACAUGGCCGGAUGUAUGCAGGGGGUCUGGAUCGGCCUAUCCAGAGAUCAUUCAUAUUGCGGGAUUGGCGAUUUGGUCAUUAUGAAAUGGAAGGCUUGCAGGAUCCUUUCAGCCGAUUUAUAACAUCCAUUAUUUCAACAAUUUUGUGGAAGAAGAAGAUCAGUUACAUUGAGGAUGAGGAUAUUUCUUAUUCUCUUUCUUGUUGAUGCUUCUUACUCUAGGUGUUAUGUCUAAGAGAAUUUGAGGUCCCAUUUUUUUUUACUUUCACUGUAUAUGGCCUGUAUAAAAUUGUUUGCCCUUAUUUUUAUAUGUAAGUAGCAUGAUUCGUCCUCUAGACAAAGUAAAUAUAAAGUUCUAGAAAGUAAAAGUUUCUCUUUAUGGAUAAAUUGCAGUGUGCACUAUUUAUCAUGGUAGUAAGUAACUUAUACAUUGUAGAGAAUA